GUGUGGUGCGCAGGCGCGGUGGACCUGGAAGCGUUCGGGAUGGCUGUUGUUUUGUGCAUCUGACGAGCUGCUCGGGAAGGUAAACUGCUCUCAUCACUAACACAGGAAGAAUAAAGUCUCUGACACGUUCAGCAGACCUCCAGCUGAUCCCAGACCAUGAAUAUUGUGGGCCAGUUAGCAGAGACGGUGUUUGUGACGGUGAAGGAGCUGUACCGUGGCCUUAACCCUGCCACGCUCACCGGAGGCAUCGAUGUCAUCGUGGUCCGGCAGCCCGAUGGAUCGUUCCAGUGUUCCCCCUUCCACGUCCGCUUUGGCAAGCUCGGAGUUCUGCGCUCGAAGGAGAAAAUUGUGGACAUUGAGAUAAAUGGAGAUUCUGUUGACCUGCACAUGAAGCUGGGAGACAAUGGAGAAGCUUUUUUUGUGGAACAAAAUGGAAAUAUGGAGGCCCAGGUCCCAGCGCAUCUCUGCACCUCUCCAAUUCCCCUUGAGGUCCCUGAGGAGACAGAGGAGACACUCGAGGGAUCCUCCUUUGCCGGGUCUGGUGCUCGCAGGAAGAAACGCCGUCGCAAACGCAUGCGCUCCGAUACUCACCUGAGAGAAGAGCACUCGUCAUCAGAUGAGAGAGAACGAGAGAAGGAUUGGGAGAGAGAAAGUGAUCAGGCUGGACCGGAGAGUCCUGCUCAAGAGGAUCUUGUCUCAACGUUACAACUCAGUAAAUCAGUGUACUACUCGCUGUCUGAGGAGCUAAGUGAAGAGUUGAGUCCCACGCAGACCAGAGACACUCGCCCGCACUCGGACGGAGAACAGUCGCCCUUGGAAAGCAGCAGCGUGUUUUACAGUCGGCCGUCUUCUCCUAAGAGCGACUCAGAGCUUUUUCUUAAAACCGAAGAUUCCCCUGGACCUCAGAUGCAGUGGAACUGGGGAGGUUUUCCCAUGCUGUGUCAGUCAGAGAGGACACCAGUGGACUUACAGCCCAUCUCCCAUUCUGGGAGUUCUCAUUUCUGCACAAUUGAGAGACAGGACUCCUUUGAUAUGGGCUUGGAGCCUGUGAUCAGCUGUGGAAGAGUGGGCAGCGUAACAGUGGUCAGACCACAACCCAGGACUCAGUCCCUCGACCUCAGCCUCGCCAUGCACAGCACUCCUUUAUCCAUUGAGACAAACUCUCACAGUGAACACUCCACCUCUAAGUCUCCAUCAUCAGUGAAGACGGAUGUGGACUCAAGACAAACACUUGAAACCACAUCAGGAGAAGACGGGAACAGAGACUCAUCUCUUUAUUCUGCUAGUCUGAAUAAUGGUACUGGCUCCCUUGAUAGCAAAGAAAGCACAGACGCUAUUGAGCACGUUAGCACUUUGACUGAAACAGUUGGUACAGUUAUGGCGGUCGGUGUGACCACCGUAGAAACAAGUGCAAGUAGUACAGCGUCAUCACAUCUACAACAGCAGGGAGCCUCCUCUGAACAAAGUGAACGGGGUUCAACCAGUAGUGCCCCUGUCAGUGAGGGGGACAGUGGGAUAGAUCCCUGUGCCGAUGGAGGGGAAGAGGUCAACGGACCGGGAGUGGUGCAGGCGUCCAACGGAGACACUCUGCCCAACAGCACUGCACCAAAAGAUAAAGCUGGAGAAGUGAGGGACGACUGGCCUGCUGCAGAGGGGUCAGCAAACCCAUCUGAGAUGUCUGCCAAAGUGGAGCAAGAGGGCAAGAAGAGAGGUAAACGGAAUCACCAUCUAGAACCAACCGAUAUUUACUUGGAUGAUUUGACCUCACUGGACCCAGAUGUGGCUGCACUCUAUUUCCCAAAGAGUGAAGCAGAGGGAGCAUCUCAGCACGGGGCGGAGCAGGGCUCACUCUCAGGGAGUCAAUCCCCUCACUCAGUGGGCAGCGGGGCCCUAGACAGCGGCACAGAGUACCUGUCAGACUCCACCUCCUACAACAUGGACAUCAGCAUGUCCCUCUGCGGACGAGAGGGCGGCACCAGCCAGAUCACCAAAGAAAAGUUUAUGGAGCACAUUGUGACCUACCAGGAUUUUGCUAACAAUCCAGGGAUCAUUGAGGAUCCAAGUCUUGUCAUCUGCAUCAACUCCAACUAUUAUAACUGGGCAGUCGCUGCCCCAAUGGUCUUGUCAAUGACAACUUUCCAGAAAAACCUACCCAAGACUUCCAUAGAGCGGUUGGUGAAGGACAAGAUGCCCAAGAAGUCUGGACGCUGGUGGUUUUCCUGGAGGAGAAGAGACAUGGACAAUAACCAGCUAAAAAAUUCAACGGAGGCACCAGAGGAGCAGCUGGUCAGUGUUUCUUCCACAGUGAAAGCCACACUGGAUGACAUCGAGAGUGAUGAGGCGGCGGGGCUCGGACGGAAAGCAACGCUUCCUUCCAGCCAAUCAACAGACACCCUUAUUGCUACUCAGUGUAUCAGCCAGAUGUACCGCAAAUCACUACGCCUGACCUCUGAACAGAUAGAACACUUAAACCUGCGUGAGGGAGCCAACAAGGUGGUGUUCAGUGUGACUACACAAUACCAAGGCACCUGUCGCUGUGAGGCUGCCAUCUACCUGUGGAACUGGGACGACCGGGUCAUCAUAUCAGACAUAGACGGCACCAUCACCAAGUCUGAUGCUCUCGGUCAUAUUCUACCUCAGUUUGGAAAAGACUGGACGCACAAAGGCAUCGCCAAACUCUACCACAAAAUACACCAAAAUGGUUAUAAAAUCCUGUAUUGUUCAGCGAGGGCUAUAGGUAUGGCUGCCAUCACAAAGGAUUACCUGCAGUGGGUCAAUGACAGAGGCACUGUGCUUCCUAAAGGCCCUGUACUGCUGGCUCCCAGCAGCCUCUUUUCAGCUCUACACAGAGAGGUGAUUGAGAAGAAGCCAGAGGUGUUUAAAGUUGCUUGUCUCAGUGACAUCAAGGACCUGUUCAACCAGCAGAAACAGCCAUUCUACGCCGCCUUCGGCAACAGGAGCAACGAUGCUUACGCCUAUAAGCAGGUUGGAGUGCCUGACACCAGGAUAUUUACUGUCAACCCAAAAGGAGAGCUCAUCCAGGAGAAGACCAAAGGCAACAAGUCCUCGUACUGUCACCUCAGUGAAUUGGUGGAACAUUUCUUCCCUGUGCUCUCUGCUGAGGGCAGCCUGUCCUCUGCCUUUGAGUAUCCUGAGUACAGCAGUUUCUCCUAUUGGAAGGAGCCUCUGCCAGAACUGGACCUGGAUGCCCUACUGUAGAAACACACACACACACACACACACACACACACACACACACACACACACACACACACACACACACACACACACACACACACACACACACAAGCAUUAACACUCUUGCUCAGUUCUCUCAUUUUCCAGAAAGGUAUUUCAAUGGAUUGUCCCCAGCCUGCCUGAAUGUUGCCUUUGAUAGACCUGCCAACUGUGGAGCCUGUAUUAUAAGCCACUGGAUAAACUGGAACAUAAAGAGGCACCUGUUCUUUUUUACGCUGCACUCAAAUGCAGAAUGCAUUUAUACAAUAAAACAAACCAUCUUGCAUUCAUCUCAGUGCCCUUAUAUUGUCUAUAGCUGUUUACACACUGACCCAAAUGGACAAAUAUGGCUUUAGACUGUUUCACUGACUGCUAUUGUGUGUAACACCAUCAAAGUCUUUCCUAAAUGUUAAUUCAAGCAGAAUUUUUGUUUUAUAACCUCAACACUGUCAUACAUUUGACAUGGACCAAAAUAUUUUUGUACAGAAAUAGAGAAAUUAGAUUAGAACAUUUAAAUUGAGGCCUAAAUUCCUGCGAAUGCCAAAAUGGUGUAACUGUUGUUCCCUGUGACAGACCUAGAAAUGAAAUGCUUAUACCAAAUCACCAUAAUGUGACUAACUGAAACAGACCCACCCACACGUAGCUGCAAGACCAACUGUCCCUUUAUUCCAUGGACGUUGUUUCGAUUGUGUUUGUGUAUUCAUGACAACAGAGAAUGUCUUUGUGUUUGACUGUUUUGAGGAGGAGGAGGACUUUUUAUAGCUGCACGUACCAGGCAACCAAAUAUGGUGUGUGAGUGUAUUUAAAACAAUUUGAUUUAUUCUUUAUUCUUCUUCGUCUCCAAUAAGUAUGAGAUACAGUAGCUGGAAUUCGUCCUGAUCAGUGUUUAACAUUAUUAGUUUAGUCUUAAAGUAGCCGUAGCCUCAGGAGUGAAGACCCUUUAAGAGCAACAAGGACUGAGUCAGAGCUCAAUAUGGAGUUAGAGCUGCUUGUAAAGUGCAAUAGAUUUAUUUUUGAUUCAGAACACAAGGACUGUUAUAACAAAGCUGAUCAUUGUCAACUAACACUUUGUCAUUGUCUUCCUACGAGCUUCGGCACCACCAUGUUUAGAAAUGUUUGUACACUACAUGAGGCGAGGUGGGUCAGACUGACGAUGACUUUUACUCCAGAUGUGUAAACACAUCGAGGGAGUGGUGGGAUUUAAAGUAGUGAUUAACCUGGCACUGUGCCUUUAUACUACCACAACACUGUUUUAUUUAUUGUCUUUGCAUAUCUUUCAUCAUCAAACUGUGUGGGGAUGCAUUAGAGACGAAUGAUGUUAUUUUAAAACCAAUUUAAAGAAAUAUAAAUUAAAACACAA